UAGAAAAUGGCCGUCUUCAUUCAAUUUUAUGUAUUUUCGUUCCCAACUUAGUUAAUAAACAAUAACAAUUCUAGCAGUUGCUACAAGUUAAAUGGAAGGAUGAGUAAGAAAGUCAAAGAAAUGAUUGGAGGUUGUUGUGUUUGUUCUGACGAGCGAGGCUGGAAUGAAAACCCUCUUGUUUAUUGUGAUGGAACAGGCUGCACAGUUGCAGUUCAUCAGGCUUGUUAUGGUAUUGUCCAAGUCCCCACUGGGCCAUGGUUCUGUAAGAAAUGUGAGUCUCAGGAAAGAGUUGCCAGAGUGAAAUGUGAACUGUGUCCUCAACGAGCUGGUGCUUUGAAGCGUACAGACACUGGAGGCUGGUGCCAUGUAGUCUGUGCUCUGUACAUACCAGAGGCUUGGUUUGGCAAUGUGAGGACCAUGGAGCCGAUAAUAUUAAACAAUGUUCCUAAUGAUCGUUUUAACAAGACAUGUUAUAUCUGUGAAGAACAAAAACGUGACACGAAAGCCACUGCUGGGGCGUGUAUGCAAUGUAACCGUAACUCCUGCAAACAAUACUUUCAUGUGACUUGUGCCCAGGCUCAAGGUUUACUGUGUGAGGUGAAAGGGAGUUACGAGAAUGUCAAAUAUUGUGGUUACUGUUCUCAUCAUUACAAAAAACUGAAAAACCAUUCAAAUGUUAAGCCGAUUCCAGCAUUCAAACCCAUUCCAAAUGAAAAUGGAACACCAGAUUCUAGUCCAGAAAAAAUAGGUUCUAUUAAAACAGAAGAUGUGAAGUUACCUAUGGAGGAGGUGAAGAGUCCUCAAGUUGACCAAUCUGUUAGCAGUACAAGUGAUUCACUCCCAUCGCAGGCAACAACCUACUGCAAGACUGAGGCGGCCCCGGUGUCUGCUGGUGUGAGUCAGGUUUCAGACAUCAGCUCAGCAGUUUCCCCCUCGGGAGAGCCCAUCAAGUCUCUGCUACCUAGCACAGACUGCAGUCAGGAGCCAUCAUCGUCUGGCCAUGUUCUUCAGCACAAGCCCACUCUAAGCAAACUCUUGCAGGACUGCGGGGCCACUUCCUCUACCGAGACUCUAGAAGUAGAUGUUGGCGAGGACACAACUCUGACGCAGGAGACACAAGUGGUACCUAAACGUCAAAGAUCAAUAAAUAAUUCUCAAAAAACAGACAAGUCCAAAAAAACCAAACCAGGGGCAAUCUCCUCCACUGUACAGCACAAGAAGGAAGGGACCAAGAAGGGAGGGAGGAAACAGAGAGACUUGGGAGGAGGAGGAGGAGGAGGCAGCGGUGGAGUGUCCUCCAAGAAUAGCUCUACUCCAGUCGCCCCUGUGACUAGUUCCGCCCCUCUACCUGGCCAUCAUGACUAUUGUGGAAGUAUAUUUGGUGGUAGUCCUUACUUCCAGAGUUUGACAUCCCCUGGCCGUGUCUCUCUUAACAGUUUGACGCCUCAUGCCAUGAGUCCAAGCUUCAUGGGAGACACUUACUAUUAUUGCUCUGAUGUUUACCAUGAUAAUGAUGUGAAUGGAAGCAGUCACUUGAUCCACCCACCGAAACAGUUUCCAAGUUUACAUGUAAAUAAACAAAGUCAAGACCAGAGUCAAGAGUUUCCUUUGUCCAUGGAACAGUUGUUAGAACAACAAUGGGAUCAAGGAGCCCAGUUUCUGAUGGAGCAAGGCCAACAUUUUGAUAUUUCCUCUCUUCUGAACUGUUUACAUCGGCUGAAGGCUGAGAAUCACAGUCUCGAGGACCAGGUCAGAGAGUUGACUUCACGGCGCAAUCAUCUGAUGGCAGUCAACGCUCGUUUGACACUGCCACUUUCGCUAUAUGAUGGCUGCAUGUCCACGAGUCAGAGCUCUUCUGUGGGAAGUUUGGAAGACAUUUCCUCCCCUGAGGAGAUUCAGACAUCCAAGCCUAACUCUACGCCAGUGUUGCCUCAAGUUCAAAUACCUAAAAAUAGUCAGCUGAUUGUAGAAGAUAUAAUUAGUCCUGUAGAUGCUGAUCCGCCAUCAUUAAGUCGCAAGUCUCCAAUUUGUUACACAGACCAGGUGUGCCCACCACAGCCAUUGAUGUACUCUGUGGUCAACCCUCCUCCCCCAUCCCUGUGUAUAUUUUCCGCGCCCCAUCACACAGUGUCACCGACGAGCGUCUCCCCGGCUACUGAGCAGCAGGUCAAGAUGCCCAACCUGAGCGGACUGAGUAUCACUUCCAGUUCCUCCAAACUGCCGGAGACGACGUGAUCCUGUCUGCAAAGCCAUAUAGCCAUUUGAAGUGCCAGCCAACUUUUAUUUUGUUUGUUGAUCCACUGUAUGUGUGUAAUUAAUGUAACACUCAACUGUAUAUACAGCAGCCUUCACUUGUACAUAGACCCACACUCAUUCUGUAAAUAGUACCGUUCCUUGUAUGUUGGACUCACACUCAUUCUGUAAAUAGUUACAUUCACUGUAUGUUGGAGCCACACCCAUUCUGUAAAUAGUACUGUUCUCUGUAUGUUGGGCCCACACUCAUUGUGUAAAUAGUUAUAUUCACUGUAUGUUGGACCCACAACCAUUCUGUAAAUAGUACUGUUCUCUGUAUGUUGGGCCCACACUCAUUGUGUAAAUAGUCCUACACACUGUUUGUUGGGUUCAUAGGCAUUUAUAGUCAGCUAAUUUGAUAUAUAGAUAUAUGCAAUUAUGAUGACUAGCUUUGGAUGUCAUUGAAAUAACGCAAAUGCAUUAUUGUGAUGUUGGAAAGCCACCCAUCUGAAAUACAAGGUCAGAGGUCGUUCACUAUACUAGGUCACAAAUCUCCUCGUUGACAAUGCAGUGUCACAAGCCUCACCAGAUAGAUUUCCACAAUGUCACUUUACUUUGAGAUGGGACUCUGAGACUCGGCAAAUAUCAUACCUAAUUUGUUUGUAUAUAGAUUCUUGGUGAUUUCAUUCUAUGUUCUUGGAUUUCUUUGUACUUCCAAAAGCCAGAGACCAGUUUGCUGAAAGCAUUUUUGUGAUUCAACAAAUUAAUAUUGGUCAUAAGCUUUGGGCCUGUCUUAAUAAAUGUCCACAAAUAGAAAUACAUGUCAGUAAGGUAACACUACUGUAGACACAUUUCUUACUAAUUAGUUUUUUGUUUUUUUUUCUUAUGUGUUAAUGUUUGCCAACCAUCACCCCCCAAUUUUUUUUUUGUCUAAUGAGAAUGAUAAUUCCCUAAAGCAAAUGUUUCUAGAAGAAAUGUCUCCUCUAUAGAAUGACUCAGCAAUGGUGUUGAGGAUACACUUGGGUUGAACACAUUGUUUUCUUGUCAGUAAUUGUUUAUAUUUUUUUUGUACAUUAUUGUUAACAUUAAAAUUUGGCAAUAUAAUCAA